GCGGCUGUUGGCGCCGAAAGUUCCUGAAAGUCGGUGUAGGUGGAAGAUGCCGGAAGGUAACCGGGCCGAAGGCAGCGACUGGGGCGAGGAGCGGGUGUCUGGGGCCGCGGUCAUCGCCCAGGCCCUCAAGACGCAAGAUGUCCAGUACAUGUUUGGCGUCGUUGGCUUCCCUGUGACCGAAAUCGCCGUGGCCGCCCAGCAGCUGGGCAUCAGGUACAUCGGGAUGAGGAAUGAGCAAGCGGCUUGUUAUGCUGCCUCUGCGAUCGGAUACCUAACCAGCAGGCCAGGAGUAUGUCUUGUUGUUUCUGGCCCAGGUCUCAUCCAUGCCUUGGGUGGUAUGGCAAAUGCAAACAUGAACUGUUGGCCCUUGAUUGUGAUUGCUGGUUCCUCUGAAAGAAGUCAAGAAACAAUGGGAGCCUUCCAGGAGUUUCCUCAGGUUGAAGCUUGCAGAUUAUAUAGCAAGUUCUCUGCCCAACCAAGCAGCAUACAACAUAUUCCUUCUGUUAUUGAAAAGGCCGUGAGGAGCAGUAUCUAUGGGCGUCCAGGAGCUUGUUACAUUGACAUUCCUGCAGAUCUUGUGAUCCUCCAGGAGAAUGUGAAUUCUGUAAAGUACAAGGAGUGCUGCAUGCCACCUCCUAUCAGUAUGGCAGAAACCUCUGCUGUGUGUAUGGCAGCAUCUGUUAUUAGGAGUGCCAAACAGCCUCUACUCAUCAUUGGAAAAGGUGCUGCUUAUGCCCAUGCAGAGGACAGUAUCAGGAAAUUGGUAGAGCAGUGCAAUUUGCCAUUUUUGCCCACACCCAUGGGGAAGGGUGUUGUCCCUGACAGUCAUCCAAACUGUGUAGGUGCAGCCAGAUCCAGGGCUUUGCAAUCUGCUGAUGUGAUUAUGUUAUUUGGUGCCAGACUAAACUGGAUUUUACAUUUUGGACUGCCUCCAAGAUACCAGCCAGAUGUGAAGUUUAUUCAGGUUGACAUCUGUGCAGAAGAAUUGGGGAAUAAUGUAAAGCCUGCUGUGACUUUGCUAGGAGAUGUAAAUGCUGUUUCUAAACAGCUUUUAGAACAAUUGGAUAAAACAGCAUGGCAGUGCCCUGCAGAGAGCAAGUGGUGGGAGACUCUGAGGGAGAAAAUGAAGAGCAAUCAAGUUGUAUCAAAGGAAUUAGCUUCCAGAAAAUCCCUGCCUAUGAAUUAUUAUACAGUAUUCUACCAUGUUCAAGAACAAUUGCCCAGGGACUGCUUUGUGAUAAGUGAAGGAGCAAAUACUAUGGACAUUGGACGUACUGUACUUCAAAACUACCUUCCUCGUCACAGACUUGAUGCUGGUACUUUUGGAACAAUGGGAGUUGGUUUGGGAUUUGCUAUUGCAGCUGCUCUGGUGGCUAAAGAUAAAAGCCCUGGGCAACGGGUCAUCUGUGUAGAAGGGGACAGUGCCUUUGGGUUUUCUGGCAUGGAAGUGGAAACCAUCUGCAGGUACAACUUGCCAAUCAUACUCCUGGUGGUAAACAAUAAUGGAAUUUACCAAGGUUUUAAUGCAGAUACUUGGAAAGAAAUGUUAAAUUUCCAAGAUGCUACUACAGCUUCCCCUCCAAUGUGUCUCCUGCCAAACUCGCAUUAUGAGCAGGUCAUGUCUGCAUUUGGAGGCAAAGGGUAUUUUGUGCAAACACCUGAAGAACUCCAAAACUCCCUGAGGCAGACCCUGGCAGACACAAGCACACCCUCUCUUAUCAACAUCAUGAUUGAGCCACAAAGCACAAGAAAGGCCCAGACUUACAGGCCAAAGGCAGCAGUUUGUGGCACGGUUGGAAGGCAGUGGAAUCUUUGGAGGUGGGACCUGGUGGAAAGAGGUCACAGUAGGGGAAUAGGAACCUGGUGCAUGCCCCUGAACUUGCCCUCUCAGCUUCUUGGCUACCAUGAGGUGAGCAUCCUCCUCUCACCAGCUCCCUGACAUGAUGACUGCCUUACCCCAGACCCAAAAGCAGCAGGGCUGCUUUUGAUCAUACUGAAACAUCUAAUGCUCUGAGCCAGGGGCUGGAGAGAUGGCUCAGCAGUUAAGAGUACAUACUGCUCUUGCAGAGGACCUGAGUUUGGUUCCCAGCAUUCACAUUGGGCGACUUACAGUCACCUAUGGUUACCUGCACUCGUGCACAUGCCCACACACAGACAUAUACACAUACAUAUAAUUUAAAAUAAAAUAAUUCUUAAAACUAUGAGCCAAAAUAAAUAUUUUCUCCUUUUAAGUUGAUUUUUCUCAUUGGUCUAGCAGGUGUGUGGGGGUGCACCACCCAAGCUAGGCUACUUUACUCUUUAAACCGGAAUUUUAGCUAUUCAAGUAAUAAGCUAUGCAGAUUGUUAGAAAUAUGUUUUAAAUAAUCAUAAUUUUGUAAUGUUUGAGAUUUCCUGGGAAUACUGAUUUCUUUUCCCUGAAUCUCAAAGAGUAACAUGCCAGGAAAUUUUUAAAAACUGAGAAAUUUGCUCUUUUUUUUUUUCACUAUAUGUUAUAAUUCUAAAAUGUGUUACUGUUGCUGAAUAAACAUGCCUUAUUUUUAAAAAUUGAUUUUCAGGGGUUGGGGAUUUAGCUUAGAGGUAGAGUGCUUGCCUAGCAAGCGCAAGGCCCUG